AUGUGUCAGUGCCUUAACUCACUGGUCUCGUCCGAAUCUCUCUCCCAACUCUUCAAGAUGCUCUCCUUCCCUUCCUCAAAAUCUUGUCCUAUAGCAAAACCAGUGCCUCAACAUCUUCGCUCAUCUCUCUUAGAUUCCUUUUGUGGAUCCAAAUCUCUCUCUUUCAACCCACAAACUGGAUUCAAUCUCCGCCCAAAAUCUCUCCAAAUCAAAGCCAUGGAGGCCUCGCUAGACUACCACUUUGGAACCCAACUGCAAACCCAUAUCAAAACACCCACAAGCCUCAAAAUCGCCAUUAUUGGGUUCGGCAACGUCGGCCAGUUUCUCGCCAAAACCUUCGUCAGCCAGGGCCACACCGUCCUCGCCCACUCUCGCUCGGACAACUCCGACACCGCCGCAAAGCUCGGCGUUUCCUUCUGCAGCGACCCGCACGAUCUCUGCGAGGAACACCCAGAAGUGGUGAUGCUAUGCACCUCGAUCCUUUCGACAAAAUCCGAGCUCGAAUCGAUCCCGUUUCAGAGACUGCGGCGUAGCACGCUGUUUGUUGAUGUUUUGUCGGUGAAAGAAUUUCCCAGAAGCCUAUUUCUCGAAAUCUUGCCUGAAGAGUUCGAUAUUCUCUGCACACACCCAAUGUUCGGUCCGGAGAGAGGCAAAAAAGGGUGGGCAGGCCUUCCUUUCAUGUACGAUAAGGUCGGAAUCAGGGUUCAAAGUCGCGGUAUCGGUCAUUUGACUCGGGAGUUCCUGAGGCACAUCGGUCCCGGUGAUUGUAGAAGUGGGAUGUCAGCCUACAUGAUCACCGGAGGCAAAUCCUUGCAGAAGUUCCAUAACACAGUCUGUCCCGACUACAAACCCAUCAGGACCGUCGAUGAUAACAGCGGUGCCGAAGUCCGGCGACUCUGCUCCUCAUGUCGCUCAGAUCCAUCUCCGGCGGGAACUUGGGCGAUCCGAACAAGCAGGGAGGAGACAGAGGCAGCUGGGGAGAAGGCCGUUAGAGAUAUUGGGAGGAGGAGACUGGUUCUGGAGAGGUUUUCCAUUAGAGAGGCAGAGAGAGUUCUCGAGGGGUGA